CGUCACCCCACUUACUACCUUGUAACUAAAUUGAUUAAGAUGCAUUGCUUGUGCUGAGGAAAGAGCCUUGCUGGUAAAAGACCAAUCCUAGCCAGGAGCCAUCCAUCAUCUCAAACUCUUAAGUUAUAUGCUAGUUAAAAAUGAGUUAUCACCCAUUGCUGCGCGAGGCGACGCAAUCAAUAUCCUUGCCAGCAAAUGUGCCAUCGACUGCUGUCUUCGGUCAGCGCGGCAAGGUUUUGAAAAGAUUUAGAGACCUUACUGGGGCUAGGGUGAGUUACUCGACGGAGGAUAAUCGAUUGGACUUUUUCGGGCGGCCAAGUGAAGUCGCAGCGGCGGCCGGGCUCGCGGAACGCACGGUUCGGCAGUACCUAAACACAGGCCAGCACAUCGCGCGCAAACAAGUCCUCAACGUCCUGUGUCCCGAACUCUCCACCGCACCCGCCGUACACCUCCUCCCCGCCAGCCGCCCCAUCACCACCCUCACCGGUCCCGUGGAAGCCUUCUUCCUCUCCCCCUCCUCCUCCCCGCCCGCCUUCCCCUCCCCCUCCUCCUCCCUUCCCUUCCCUCCCCCCGCCGCCCGCGCACCCCAGCAGCCCCUCCUCCUCCCCGCCUCCUCCCUGGACGCCUGCCUCGACCAACUCAUAGACCUUGCCACCACCCUCAGCCUGGAACACCCCGCCGAAUGCGACUCUGCGGAGCUCAGGUUGUACCUGGGAAAGGCAGUGCUGAGCGAGGUGGCCACCAGCGUGCGGGAGGUGGCCGGCGAGGAGCUGCUGGAGUGGCGCUACCCGCUGGCGAGGGCGAUGUUCGACACGUCGUUGCCCAGGGACACGAUCAGCUCGCUGGACAGGCACCUCACCUCUCGCGGCCUGGUGCCCACCCAGCAAACCAAAUCCGCCUCCCUGCACCUCGAAUCCUCCAUCCCCUGGAUCCAAUACCACCCCACCUUUGUCGUACAGCCCGCCGACGGCACCCUGCGCCUGCACAAGCUGGAGACGCAGGGCUGCAAGCCCUUCUCGCUGGCGCUGGUGGGGUUGCCGGAUCAGUUGGAUGUACGGAUGCGGUACGUGGCCACCACGCAGUACGGCGAUGAAGAUCCGGUGGCGGCGGAGCUCAGGCGGCGGGAGAGCGAGUUUGCGCUCGUGAACAAUGUGCAGGUGACCAUCCCCGCCGACCUGCGGGAGUCCCUGGACCUCACCCUCACCUCCGCACGGGUCAAGCUCAAGCGCGUGUACGUCACCCCGCAACCCAUGCGGCCCCCGCUACCGCCCUCCUCCUCAUCAUCAUCAUCCUCGUCAUCAUCACCAGCAGCAGCAGCAGCAGCAGCGGUAUCAACCUCCACACCCGUUAAACGCACGCGAGGGCGCAAGUCCGUUGCCUCCGCCGCCUCUUCUUCUUCCACCUCCACCUCAACAACAGCACCACCACCCCAGCCCGCGUCCGACCUGCCUCCCAUCAGCCUGCGGGUAUCGGUCGCCGCGGUGGUUGACAACCUGGGCGGAAAGCGGUUGGAGGUAACGGUUGCCUGCCCCGAGAUCAAUGAGGCGCUGCUGCAGCUGCACCGGCAGCGGGCGGAGGCGCCGGGGUUCAGGGAGGUGCUGGGGGGUCAGCUGCGGUCGCUGCUGGCGCACAUGGAGGACCUGAGGGCAAAUGUGGCGUUCGAGCCGUGAGUCAGGAGCAGGAGGGGGAGGAAGUGAAGCGCAGGAGGAGGGGAAGCAGCGCAGGAGGGGAGGCAGCGCAGGAUGAGGAGCAGCGCAGGAGGACGUAUACCGGUAUAGCUAGCGGUCAUUCAAAUUAGCUAGAGUGAGAGAGUGAGCACAGCAGGGCGACAUUUCCUAAUGGCAUCAUGUGGUAUCGGGUUGGGUUGCGCGUGUCAGUGCCUUCCGCCUUCAGUGUAUGGGUUGCUUCAUAGUGUUGUGAGGCAGCUGGGCUUCGUUCGGUUUCCCUGACGGAAUAAUCACGCGUCUGUUCAGGCGGGCCGCGCGGCUGUGUGGGGUGUGCAUAGUGCAAAUGGCGCACGAGGAAAGAAAAUAACAUGCGUUGGAUUUGCGACGACCGGGGGUUUGCUUAAACUUGAGGAACAAGUGUGGAAAAGUCAGCGUCAACGGGUGUGGUGGCAGACUGGGGGGCUGAAAUGGGGACCGCGAUGCCCUUAUCGCCGUCAGACCGACCGUGCACCGAACCCAUAGCCUAUACCGGUAUGCAAUAUGCACAGCUCAGAGAGGAAAG